AGAGCCGUUCUUGCCGACAAGGCUGCGCGAGGAAUUUCGUUGAUUAGGAAGCAGUAUCACUUUUUUGUAGUCAACCUUCGUCAUGACCAGGACGGCUUUCAUCUCUGCCAUAUCCGAUUACUAUCUGUCCUCAAACAGUAUCAUCAUGGACCCCUGACUGAGCCAUCUGUCUAGCUUAUCUCGCAAUCGCUCUUCAAAGUCCACAUAGCUCGAACCACCAACCCGACAGCAUCAAGAGUGGCGUGUCACGUGUGUGGAAGCAACUUUAAGGAUCAUGGCGCAGGAGAGUGGGAGUGCAACUCCUGAGGCGGGAGAGCAAUCGUCACUGCUGGGGGAGCAAAGGAAUAUCAAAGUUGAUGAUGCUAGCUCCGAGACCUUGACGGGGUCGCAAGGCGCGGAUGAGGAAGAGUUAGUGGACCCGGAUAGGGCGAAUCAGCAAGUUGGUCGAGGGAGAGGAAUGUUGAUUGUAUUGAGUCUAUGGGGAUUGAUUUUCUUACAAGCUGCCAACAUGUCCGGCAUUACCACCACACAAUCAAAAAUUGCCGAAGAUCUGGACGCAUUUGCUGCUGCGAGUUGGUUCACUUCCGCUUACCUAAUAGCUGCGUCCAGCAUAUCUCCACUAUCUGCUCGUCUGGCCCAAGUAUUUUCUCCAAGAGUAUGCGUUCUUGUAUCAUCUGUAUUCUUUGCUCUCGGAGGUCUCAUAGCAUCACAAGCACAAGAUUUGACAGGUUUCCUUGCUGGAAGAGCUGUUCAAGGUCUUGGUGGGGCUGGUAUCAUGACCAUCUCUUUUAUUUUGGUGCUUGAGCUUGCUGGCAAGAAGCGGAGAGGUCUGUACAUUGGACUGGUCAACACAGGAUUUACGAUUGGUGUCUCUUUUGGAGCUGUCGUAGCCGGUGCUUUACUGCCUGUUACUGGAUGGAGAUUCCUGUUUUGGAUUCAAUGUCCACUUGCACUGGCUUUUGGCACUGGAAUAUUCUUCAGCAUUCCAAAACACUUCACAUCUGGGCAGAAAGAUGAUGGAGCCUCGAUCAUGCGUAAGCUUGCUAGGAUUGACUACCUUGGAGCGCUCAUGCUUAUUGCCACAAUUUCACUCUUCCUGUUCGGACUAUCAUCCCAGCACGUCCUUUGGAUACCAAUUGUCGUCUCUUUCGUCCUGCUGAUAUUCUUCGUCUGCAUCGAGCUUUACAUAGCUUCUGACCCCAUCAUCCCAAUCUCCGUCCUGAAAUCAAGAGGAGCUCUUUUGUCAUGCGUGGCCCAGUUAGGGAUUAUGGCAGCUAGAUGGUCAGUCCUAUUCUACACACCAGCCUAUGCCAUCGCCAUUCGAGGCUGGUCACCUGCUUCGGCUGGAUCAAUUCUUCUACCCACCAAUUUCGGCUUCGCAAUCGGUGGCAUUCUGGCAGGAGGACUACAUAUCAAACGUAGUGGUAGCUUCUGGCUACCAAGCAUAGUCUCAUACUCCCUCUUCGCAUGCGCACUUGCUCUAAUCUCCCAAAUUUCCAACCAGGACACGCCCACACUCCUCUAUUUCCUCGCCGUCUUCGUCAACGGCCUAUGCAUUGGUUCGGCCCUGAACUACACCCUAGCGCACCUUCUCCAUUUGACUCCACCAUCCACGCACUUCAUCUCCACAUCUCUACUCACCACAUUCCGAGGCUUCGCAGGUUCAUUCGGCUCGGCUAUCGGUGGAGGACUCUUCGUCAGAGUGCUGAAAGCGAAACUGGAACAAGGGUUCGAGGAGCAUGGUGAUUUGGAAGGCAACGAGGAUUUGAUUAGGAGGCUUCUUGGCAGUCCAGCUCUGGUGAAGGAACUAGUGGGUUUUGAGAAGCAGAUUGCAAUUGAUAGCUACGUUGGGGGGCUCAAGGCCCUUUUCGUUGCUGGAGUGGGGCUGGCUGUCCUGAUGGUGGUUGUGCAGGCUUUUACUGGGUGGAAGGAACCGGUUGAGGUUAAGGGAGAGAAUGAGGCGAAUGGGAAUGAGGUUGAGAAUGGGUUGCUUGGGGUAGAGGAUGAGGAAUGGGAAGAGGGAAUGGAGCAGGGUGUUUAGUUUCUUGGAUUCGGUAUUGGAUAUUGGAAGUUGGAUUGGUACAUAUGGGUGGAUGGCUGCUUCUGAGAUUAGAUUUUGGAGCAAGUGGUACUUAGACUUAGAUGAGGAUGUAUGAUGAUUGUGUGAUGAAUUCUCUGUGUCUC